AUGGAUGAUGACCAGCAGUAUUCAUUUGAAGUAUUUCAGGAUGAGAAAAAGGACGAUCAACUGCAUACCCCCCGUUCCACCGGAACAGUAGGUUCGGCGCUGAAAAGUCCGACACCUGGACGAACCACCGGCUUCAGCGUGUCUGAGACUAUGCUUCGAAAGCAACAACAAUAUUCUGCCGGUAAGCCAUCGAAGCACGACAAGAACAAGCUCAUGCGCUCCGAGGGAAUCAUCCCGAUUCAGGCUGGAUCGAACAAGUAUGCCUCCCAGAAGGGAAUGACCGGAUUCGGAGUGCCUCGUGACGUCAUUGACAAAAUCAAGUCCGACAAUCUGGCCGAAAUCACCGAUGAGAAAAAGAUUGAAGCUCUGAAGGCUUCCACCUGGCUUCAGUCCGGUACCAACAAAUUUGCCUCCCAGAAGGGACAAACCGGCUUCGGAUCACCUCGAGAUGUCAACUACAAGACGAAAGGAACCGGUGGUGCCAGUGAGGUAUCCGAAGAGAAGGCUCGUGCCUCUGAUGGUAUUGUGCCCCUCCAAUCCGGAACAAAUAAACUCGCCUCUCAAGCCGGUAUGACUGGAAUCGGAAUGCCGCGUAUCGUAGAUGUUCGCAAGGCCGAGGAGCAGGACCGAGAAUCACAAGGCUUCAUCCAUCUUCAAAUGGGAACCAACCGAUUCGCCAAUCAGUCCGGCAUGACUGGAUUCGGUAUGCCCCGUCACAACAUCACCAAGUACAAGGAUGAGGUUCGUGGUGAAAUGCCGCACGACGAAGGAACCACCUCAAGACAGACAUCGGGAUGGAGAGAGGGAGCCUCGCAAGCCGGUAUGACUGGCUUCGGUGCUUUCCGUAACAACACCGUUGCAAUGCUCCAAGCCCAGGAACAGCGCUCGCAGGGUAUGAUCCCUUACCAAAUGGGUGUGAACUUCCUCGAAUCACAGGCUGGCAAAACCGGAUUCGGAAUGCCUAGACAAGUAUUCACCGCUUUCGUUGACGACACCCACGAGGAUCUCCCUGCUGACAUGGCCCGUAGACCGGAGGUUCCUUUCUGGACUGGACAAGACGAAGCUAGGCACGCCAAUCAGACCGGUAUGGGUGCGUUCGGUACCCCUCGUGAUGUGCGCGGAGAGUACGUUCGACGCAUGUGGUGA